AGCGCUAUUCGUAGAGACAGUAAUGAUCAAGCAAGUGUGAGUGAUGACGGACGUAUCGACGUCGCUAAUAAUAAUUUUGUUGAACGUGGGAAUUUUGCAAAGAGUUCAGAAAUAAAUAGCAGGCCUAUCACGCCCAACAAUCACGCGGCUUUUUCUUCCUUUUCAAACUGUACUUACGAAAACUACAGGCCAGCAACGACCGGCGAGUCUAUUCCGCCUUGCAUGCCACAACCCUUGAUUACUUCUCCUUGGUGCAAUUAUCAUGACGCGCACAGUGAUUGUUAUUAUAUAGAUAAUUGUUCCAAUGCUUAUCGUGCUAGGAUGGCGUGCAAUACGUACGAUGGACACAACACUUAUAGGAACACAUAUAAAGACGUGUACGGGCCCCCGGUUCAAACUCAAGCUCACGUUCCUCAUUAUCCGGGCUACAUCCAUGGAAUGGUCUCAUAUCACACACAUUUGGGAGAUGUUCUAUCAUCAUCAAUUUAUA